CGGACUUCAGGGUGAAACUUCUCCAUGAGCUUCCUCCGGUUUGCUUGUUGUCCAGAAAAGCUGAAAGACUCGCGCAGCCCAGCCAUGACACGCCAAAUUGUCAUGGAAAUUACACAACACUCGCAGACUCGUCCUCUGAAGAUGAGGUUCAGGAGAAGAUCCUUCCUCGGGCUCCUCUUCCUCUUCUCUCUCUCUACAUCGGCGCUUUACUUCAUCUACUCGGCUCCCGGGAUCGUGAACGAGUAUCUGUUCAUGGUCCAGGCUCGGGGAAUGCGGAUCCGUGAGAACAUGAGAAACAUUGGAGCUCAGGUUCUGGAGCAGGUGGUCAGAAGCGCCUACAGCGUCAACGGAACAGACUACCUGUAUGACUUUAACCUGAGUGACACGUCUGCCCCGCCCACUCCGUACCUGCCCAUGGGGUUCACUUACCUUCCCACCGACAUCUGCCCUGAGAAGCUCCCCACUAUGAAGGGCAGGCUAAAGGUGGAUAUGAGUGAGAUUUCUCUCUCGCGCGUGGAGAAAAAUUUACAGAAAUCUGACUCCACCAUCCGCCUCGGAGGCCACUGGAAACCCCACGACUGCAUCCCGCGCUGGAAAGUGGCCAUCUUGGUGCCUUUCCGAAACCGGCACGAGCAUCUGCCCAUUCUCCUGCGUCACCUCAUCCCCGUGCUGCAGAGACAACGACUGCAGUUCGGCUUCUACGUCAUCGAACAGGCGGGAGACGAGCCCUUUAACCGUGCUAUGCUCUUCAACGUGGGCUUUAAGGAGGCGAUGAAGGACGUGCAGUGGGACUGUGUGAUAUUCCACGACGUCGAUCACAUCCUGGAAAAUGACCGGAAUUACUACGGCUGCAGCGGAAUGCCGCGUCACUUCGCCGUCAAACUCAACAAAUACUCCUACAUUUUGCCGUAUGAUGAGUUUUUCGGUGGCGUGAGCGGUCUCACUGCUGAGCAGUUUCAGAAGAUAAAUGGUUUUCCCAAUGCAUUCUGGGGCUGGGGAGGGGAGGACGAUGACCUCUGGAACAGGGUUCAGUACGCGGGCUACACCGUGAGUCGACCUCCAGGUGACGUGGGUCGCUACAUGUCCAUCCCUCACCACCACCGAGGAGAGGUGCAGUUUCUGGGCAGGUACACGUUACUUCGCCACUCCAAGGAGAGACAGAGACUGGACGGUCUGAACAACCUGAACUACUCCCCCCUGGUGUCCCGGAGGAGUCUCUACACCAACAUCUCCGUCACUCUGAGUCGAAACCUCGCUCCCGUCGACGAAUAUUAACCGCUCUCACUCCGCAGUCAAGAGGAGGAGCUCCGUCGCUUCUCCUGACCUCCUCGAAACCAUCUCAGAACGACCAGAACGUCUUUCAGGCCUCAUCGCUAAUCCCAAUUCUCCGAUUCCUGAGCCUUCACCGCAUUUCAUUUCUUUUUCUUUUUUUCAAAUUGGAAAUAUUCUACAGUCAGGACUGUCGUCAUAUCGCCGCAGCAGUGCGACCUACACGGCAAGAAAAAAAACAACAAACUAUUUUCCCACCUUUUUUAAAAUCGUCAUUUCAGCCACGUCAUGUUUUUAGCCACUCUGACCUGCUGACCACGCCCAGCUACAAAAAAGCCUCUACAGAAGAAGAAGAAGAAGAAGAAGAGGAAAAAAGUGCCGGGUCUUUUUCUUCCGAUGCCACAACAGCGAAAGUAGAGUCUACAUGUUUACAACGGGAAUGAGUACGCUAGCUAGCGAGUAAGCAUGCUAGCUAGCUAGCCGCCAUCGCAGGAGAACACUUUAUUCGCUUCUUUUGGAUAAAGUUGAUGAACGCACAGCUGGAUUCUGUGCAGUGUAACCAGAAUUCACAAAAACGCACUGAUAGGAAGGCAGUACAGAAAUGUAUCGAAUAUAUCAAAGCGACAGAUGUGUGUGAGUGUGUGUUAAGUGUGUGUGAGUGUGUGUGUGUGUGUGUGUGUGUGUAGCCUCUCCUUGCAUGUCCCUUUCCCUAGUAUGUAACAACACACCACCUGACAGCCAAAUAAUUGCACGAGGACUCAUCAGACUUGUUUGUUUGAGGUUCGCAUGGUGGAGCAAUACACAUGUCCGAACACGACGCAUAGGUUUGGAAAAAAUGUAUGUGUAUGGAAAAGAUAAGCUCGUGCCAGACUGCACUAAAAAAGAAAAGCUAAUAAGGCUAUGCAAACCAACCCUCUGCUCGAUACACACCUGCUAACACGCUGAGACCACGCCCUGUACAUCUAUUGUGCCGCUUUAUUUACAUACAUGAAUGUAUAUGUACAUACGUAGUGUGUGUGUGUGUGUGUGUGUGUGUGUGUGUGUGUGUGCGUCUGCAAAACAGGAGAGAGCUAUGCAAAGCGCCGCUGUGACAUUCGAAGCCCUCGUGUGUUGAAUGGACUCUAGUUGUGCUAGUAAUGUGAACAUGCUAACUAGGCUAAUUAGGCAAUGCUAGUUUUCAUUUGGGCCACAAAAAAAAAAAAGGGUGGGGGGGGGGGCAUCUUGAUAUUUCAAAACAUUUUUAAAAGCGAUGUUUACACCAUGAUGGUGAUGGUUUAUAAUGGUCUAUAACAGCUAGCUUUGCUGCGCCGCUAACACACUUUACAGUUUGUUUACAGUGUGUGUACGGCGUGUGUAUGUGUGUGUGUGUGUGUGUGUGUGUGUGUGUGUGUGUGUGUGUGUGGUGCCUCUAGCUACCUCUACAGAAGUCUAAACUACUUGUGGCCAUAAUUGGGAGCCAUUUGUACUUAAUUCAUUAUGAUCUAUUUUGCCCGGUGCUUGGACAAAUAAACUCGCAGAUCAAGCUAGGCUGACCUAACACACACUCCUACACAAGCGUACACACACACACAUACAUACACACACACUCUCAUACACGCACACACACACACACACACACACACUUGCUUUCCCUCAUUCACUGCAGCCCUCUGACUACCACUACAUGACAGUUUUGUGAUUUUCUAUCGUGUGUGUGUGUGUGUGUGUGUGUGUGUGUGUGUGUGUGUGUGUGUACCAGGUCGAGUCCAUGUUCUUUACCAGAGGCUGGUCCUCUUGUAUUUAUUCCAUUAUGGACAUUUUAUCCUGUGGUUGAUUUUUAUUUUACGUUUCUUAUCGCGUUCAGUGAAACACACGAACGGAUCACAAUGUUAAAAGAAGAAAAGAAAAACGAGACGAGCUGUGAUAUUUUUUUUUUUAAAUGUGUCGAAUGUUUGGGAGAUGAAACUCUUCGGAAUGGAGAGAGCUGUUUUCAUAUGAGGACGCCGCUGAGAGAGAGAGAGAGAGAGAGAGGGAUGAUAUUUAUGGUGCUGACCUCAUCGAGGCUGAGUAUUGUGCAGCUGCUAUUUUAUUCUCUAUCUGACGUCAGUCAUGAAACCCGACACGGACGGUAUAGAAGGUGGCGCAUCACGGCGGGCGUGUCUCGUGGGCUCCUCCUCUGUUCUCUCGGCGUCUGAUAGAAACGGUUCGGUCUUGCCAAGAUGGGGGUCUUUAAAUAUAGUGAUUAGGACCUGUGUCUCAGACUGACCUUCUAACUCGACGUUCACACGAGCAAGCGGCAAACAAAUCGAUUCGCGUCACACGACGGUUCCCGUCGUCGCGUGUGGGCGUGGCCUGUCCUGGCCUGGCCUGUCCUGUCCUGUCCUGCGGGGUUUUUAUAGGAACUUUUACAGACGUAAAAUAUGAGAUGAAACCACGGUUCGUCAGGUAGGAACUGAGAGGAGAACUGAAGACGAGUCACACCACACGCUCCGCAGGAUUCGUCUGGACCGCGAAGUUCCACAGAGCAGUGAAUGAACGCAGGGAUACCGACUGACUGAUUUAUCGUUUUAUUUAUCUUUCAUUUUUAAAUGCUGAAUUUUAUGUGUAAGUGUAGACUCCCAUCAGCAGCAAACUCCAUUCAACCAUAGCCAUGAUAAUCUUCUUAACUUAUCCAUUCUGAUCCAUUCUGUAUGACGGGACUGGGGUGAGUGUUCCCUCCUUCCUCUGAUGGAAUGGCAGCCUUAAUAUUUUACUUUCUUCAAUGUUAUUAUAUGGUUAUUUUUUAUUUUUAUAGUCAGAUCUAUUUAAAAUUGAAGAUGGAUGUAUAUAUGUACGUAUGUAUGAAUGUCCACUUGUAUAUACGUGCUGUUUUAUUUUAAAUAGUUUUAGAAAAGAAAGAAAGAAAGAAAGAAAGCUCUUACAAUCGUACUGAUUAUUAUGGAAGAUGGAAUAUCACCGAACAAAAAAAAAACAAAAAACAACAACAACAAAAAAAAUCCCGAGUCGUUUACAAAAUAAAUAAAUAUUUAAAAAAGGUUGAUUUGUUAAUUUGGUGUUCUUGCAAUUGUUCGGGGAAAAUCUGCAUUUUUAUAGCCAAAAAAAAAAUAAAUCGUAAAAGUAAUGAGAGAGGAAAAGUCUAAGAGGAAUUUUAUACUGAUAUUUACUUCUGAGAAGAAUAAACGAAUAAAUCAAAAUAAAAAUGACGGUUGUUUCCCGGUGGAACGACCCGACAGCUCCGUAUCCGGUGUCUUGGUGUGAAUCCGCGUAAAUAUGUCGAUGUUUAGAGAAGAGAGUAAUAAUAAACGCUCUGCUGUGACUGUAAGGAGAGGAUGGCGUCUCCUUGAUAAAGCCGUCUGUCACGUGUACGGUUCUGUGUUUUACGUUUGGAGUACACAUGACGAUUUGUAUGACGUGAGAACAUUUUUGAUUUUUUUUAUCAUGAUUGUUGUGGAAAUUGCAGAAACCCAAAAAUAAACGAGACGUCACGCCA